CCGGCGAUCGUCGCGGAGUCAUUGUUCGAAAUUGUAGCGCGUUAUGCGUCGCGUGAUUAAAAAAAUCGAGGGUGUACGAUAAUAUCAUAAUAAACACAUUUUAAUUGUUACACUCUGCGCGUUCGUGCGUUUGCCGUAGUACAACUAUCAUUACUACUAUUAUUAUUAUUAUUAUUACUGUUAAACAUGUUUGUUUUCUCGUCGGCCCGUAUGAUGUCACUUUAAUUGUUGUGAAAGUUCACUACGCGAAAUCCGCCACCGCCACCGUGCCGAUCGCGGGUUUACCGGCAUCGCGUUCGCGUGCAGGCGGCGGUCGAGUGGGUGACGCAGGAGCGUAGGCGAGUGCUUAUUUUUACAAUUUUUUUCGCGGCACCGGACCGACCUCCGACGUCUCGGUCGACCACACCAGUUUUAGCACUCUUCGCCGACCGACCACUGGACGAUUCGACAGGUGUCUGUGAAUUUAUUAUCGUUUGACUUUGCGAAAGCAGCGAAAAUCAGAAGAAAAAAAAGUAAAAAAAACUACAGACAUGCAACAAUCAGCGAUGGCGGCGGUCUUGAGGUGUGUCGUUCUGCUAUGGUGUUGCGGCGGAUUUGCGGUGGCUUUGUCGUCGGACAAUCAAAACACCACCAGAGGAGUGGACGAGUUUUUGACGUCCUUGACGCAAAUGAUCAGAACCGUUUUGAACACCGAUGCCAGGUAUUCGGGAGUGUUCGGUGACGAAUCUCAGUCAGUUUCUGGUCGGCCCAACCGUCCGCCCGCAGAUUACUUCGAAACCGGCCGACCACCCUUUCUGGAGCGACCCCAUGAAGGUAGGCCGUAUCCUCCGCCGUACCCAGAAAAUGGUAGACCGUACCCUCCACCGUAUUUAGAAAACGGUAGACCGUACCCCCCACCGUAUCCAGAAAAUGGUGGAUCGUACCCCCCGCCAUUCCGCCCCUACGGACUCCGUCCUGGUCCAGGCGCGGCGGCGGUUGAUUACCUACAGCAGAACUCCAUCGUGCAGGCACUGAGUUCCAUAUCACAACAUGAUGACCUGAGAUGCGUUCCCAGACUUCUGUGCGAAGUAUCGUCCGGCACCAGGCCUGGUUAUAACCAGCAAUAUGGUUACUACCAGCAGCAACAGCAACAGCAGUCUUCAAUACCAUUCCUCACCAAAGACGCUUUGAUCACAUUACUGACCGUGUUGAACUUCGUGGACGAUUCCCCGCUACUCAUGUUCGGCCGAGCCGCGUUAUUGGGAUACAAUGCCCGGGGAGAUCCCAGGUAUUGUACUACUGCGUAUCCCACCUGUCCUAGGGACCCUGACCAGCUGAUCAACUAUCUGAACAACCAUAACGGCGGUUUCUUCCGAUUCUUCAACCAACAACUACCACAGUAUGCUCCCCAGUACGCCGUUCAUCAACAGCCUCCGUAUCCACUACGUCCUCCAUACCCAGUACAGUCUCUGUACUCGCAAAGACCUCCGUACUUACAACGGCCUCCGUACCUAGGACAGCAACAGAACUACGCCCCUCAAUACCCGACAUCACAACAACAUUUUGGCAAUGGGUACAAGUCUCGAGUCGAUCAUCAACAGAAUCCUAGAAUACUGAGCGGGUCGCCGGACCAGUACUUUGACGUUCCUUCGGUUCACGAUUUAGAACUGGACGGUCAAAGGCUGACGCCGAUGAAGUUUCCAUCAGCGAUCGAUCACGGUGGUGCUUCAAAUUCGGUCUCGCAGUUUGCGUUCCCGUCUGACCACAACGGUGUGGGAAAUGGAAACCGGCAGUCGAAAAGAAUCAAAAUGAUUUUCCCCGACAGAACCGGCACGGGUGGUCUCCGAGCUGACGUGGACAAGUACGGCAACUACAAGGGCGUGUACUAUGCUGAAGGUGCGAUCAAGUUCGUCGACGACGGUACCGCAAACGGCGGUCGACCGUCCACUAUCAGACUUCCACAGCGGCGGCCGGUCGAUGACUUUAGCGUGUUUGGUAAUCGGUUGCCCUACGAAAGACGACUCAAGCUUAAGUUCCCCAGAAAUUCUGAGUGAUGCGAUGAUAGAGGUAGUUCAAUAGCGGUAUACGUGGUACAUCGGUGAGAUAAUUUAAACCCAUCCCCUUUUUGCCAACAGUUCACCCCUAUUUAAUAUUUAUAAAAAAAAAUAUUUAUUCAAGUAUAUAAUAUACGUAAUGAACAAUUUUUAAGGAAAAUUAUAUACUACAACAAAAAUACGUGAAACACGUCAGUAAAUUUUUGGACUCGUUUAUAACAUAUUUAGGAUAAUGGACGUGACAUCCGUAUCGCUUGUAAAAUAUGUAGGUAUAGAUGCGCAUUUGAAUAAUAAUAUUAUUAUGCGUAGUAAAUUACUUACCUAUUUUUCUUUACCGGUAAAAGCUACACUUUUUAUCCGCACACGUCUCAUAUGUUAUAAUAAUUUAUUUAAGUAGGUAUAUAUAUAUUAUAAGUAAACUGUUAGAUCGUUUUGUAUUUACGUUAUAGACCCUUUCAAUUAUAUAAUAAUAUGUUAUCACUGUUAUCAGUUAUCGUGUAUACUGUAUAAUAUACGACAAUGUGUUGUUACAAAUUUUUCUUUGUACAUGUUUUAUUAUCAUUAUUAUUAUUUACAUUAUCAUGCAGAACACUAGUGUACAUACAAUCCUUAACUUAUAUUAACUAUUGAUACGUAUACAAUAAUAAUACCUUUGUUACAUAUUUAUGAACAUUUUUUUUUUGUAAUUUUUUUAUUUAUUUAAAUAUAAUAUUAAGUUAAAUACAUAAAAUAGAUGUGUAUUAUAGGUAACUGAUAUACUGCCUACAGUUUACAAUAUUAUCAUACUUAGAGGCUUGAUUGAGGUAACUUAUUAAUAACUUAUAUGAUGCACAUAAUGAUCAC